GACUCUUUUUCCGGAGGUAAUUGAAUUCCUUUAGUAAAUCCAGAGGAGAAAUCUGAGAUCAGUACGUCUUUCGUAUCUAUGAUAGCUAAGGAUACAUCACUUGAAAGAUUCACUAUACUAACUACUUUCUUCAGCAUUUGACUCUUGGUCCUUGUGUUGUGAGCUCCUUGUUCCUGCAAAGCUGGCUGGGGUCACCAUAGUGGGUCAAAAAAAAAAUCCAUCAAUGACAGAGAUAGAGAAUCUCCAAUCUCUAUCCCAAGACAUGUUCUCGAUGACUUGAGCACAUCAGCAGAUGCUCAGGAUACAGAAGAGUGAUUUCAUCUAUGGGAAAAAGACCCUCUGGAAAGAAGUGUGAAAUCAUCAAAAGAACCAUUGGAGAGGACACAUAAGAGUCAUGUGGCUGAGGUUUCACAUGAUCCCGGCAUGCUUCCAGUCCAGAGGAGAAAGCUAGACCCACUCCUCAAAAAGUAUAGGCAUUAUAAGAAGGCCACAAGGACAAAAAGAAGGAAGAAGGAGAAAAUGGAGGCCCAGUGCUCCCCUGUUCUUCCAACACCUUCAACACCACUACAAAGUGAAGAAGAUGAGGCUGUAGACAAAAAGCCAACUCUACUCAGUGCCCAGGAAGAUACUCCUGACCUUCUCCAGGAGGACAGAUUACAGUGUCUGCAGGAAGAGGGUUCCAGUGUGAUGCAUCAGGAAUGUCAGAUCCAGUCCUGUGAGCUCUUGGUGGCUCAGAAGCCCAGGCCCUCUUCUCCUGCAGUGACAUCCUUGGCAUCACCACCACUCUGCUUUGGCAGUUUCCUAAGCUGUGUCUGCCAGACCUUCUCAAGGUCUAGGAAGCAGAAGCCUCCCAGAAGAAAUGGUAACAACCAGGCUGAGGCAGGAGGUGAUGCUGAGGUCCUGAGACCUGGCCUGGCAAAACCAGAGUUGAGCCUCAGCAAAACAUGUAGCCACUUGCAAUUGAUACAGCUUUCCUUUGUGUUUAGUUUUAUAGUUCUCUCUGUAUGUCAUUGUUCUUCUUAG